AUGAGGUUGAAGGAGGUAGACACAGAUCUUAUGAUAUUAUGGACCACAAUACAUGGUAAGCUGAUAAAGAGGAUAGGGAGCCUAGAGCAUAGGAUAAAUAGCUUGGAGUCUGACAUUCAGGAGAUGAAAGGAACUCAAGUGCAGAUGGCUAGGGAUUUGGAGUUGUCUUUGAUGAUGCAGAUGAGAUUAUUUACAACACUAUUGCCAAGAGAGUCAUUGUUAGUCCUACCAUCAUUGACUUUUGCAGGUGUUACUUCUUCAAUGCCUGUUCCACCUACUUCGGCGUCUGAGCCACCAUUUGUAUCUAUGACUAAGCCUCGUGAUCCAAUACAUGAGAUGGAGAGUAGAGAGGAACAUGUCGAGUCUGAGUUUGAUAAGGAUGACGAUGGAUACUCUGAGUAG